ACCAAAGGAAAGGAAGUGUCAGUGCGAGCAAAGGUCUCUCUAAUUUGGGGAGCACAUCAAUGUCAACCAAGUCUUGAGCCAAACUGAUUGGUUGAUACAACUACUCUACCAAGGAUGUGCAUGCUGCAAAUUAAAUAGAACCAUAAAUUCCCCGUCCUUUCAUCCUUCUAAUGCUCGAAAACGAUCCUGAGAAGAGGAUUUCUUUAUCAAAGGUCAUCGACCAAGUGACACCCCUUCAUCCGACAAACCGACUGUCAUUGCUGCAAUAUGACAGCCGAAAUUUGCUGUGCAGCAUAGGAACUCUUUCCCUUGUUUAUCACGUUGGAACAUUUGAAGGAUCGCCACUGGCUGUCAAAAGAGUUCCAUGGAAGAAUUGCACCACAAAAUCCUUUGAGGAACUGAAACGAUUGGAUCACUCGAAUAUUGUUCGUUUGCUUCAUUUCGAUCAAGAUGAUCUUUACAAAUAUUUUGGGAUGGAAUUGCAUGUGGCAUCUAUGGACCAAUUUUUCCUUCCAGAAGACGAUCCAAAGAAAUAUAACGGACCGAUUCCGUCUGAAGAGCAAUUUUGUUUCCAGCUCAUCAGUGGAUUGGAGUACAUCCACGAGCAGAACCUCGUUCACAGGUCGAUCAAACCCACCAACGUUUCGAUUUCGUCAAGAAAAGAUCCGCAAAUCAAGUUGUCAGAUUUUGGAUUGACUACGUCAAGUUUAAAUGAUGGUCACUCAACGAAACGUUUGAUUAGUGGAUUUCCAAGUUCACAGUAUUGUUUAGCUCCAGAAUUGCUUGAAUGUGAUUCUACUGAUGGGCAAUCUACAAAAGAAAGCGACAUCUUUGCCGCUGGAAGUGUUUUCUUCUAUUUCCUGAGCAAUAAGGCUGCCAUUUGUUUGGGGAUGCAACCCACGAAAUAUUAAAAAAUACUUGCGAAGGAAAUCAGUUCAACUUGAUUG